AUGGGCCAAUUCUCGUCGAGACUACUCAAUGUAUAUACUGUAUACACUGUAUGCACCCCGUCCGAGAAACACCCCAAGAAAUGGGACUCUUUGCUGCAUAACCUGCCUGACACGCAGAGGGGCGGGGAACACAUGAUAGUGGCCAUGUCUCGCGAGGAGACAGAUUUGUGUUGCCGCCAGGCUCAAGAAAUGUUGGAAAGAAACGGUAUCUUGAUGCGCUCCUGUGGUUCCAUGCGUUAA